AUGUGGAGGAGAGACUGGGGGUCUGGGUGACAAGGGGUCCUGCAGGGCUCAUUGCACCCCUCUCCUCUUCUCUGCAGACAGCCCGCAGGAGUGAGUCAUGGAGCUGCGCGUGGGAAACAAGUAUCGCCUGGGACGGAAGAUCGGCAGCGGGUCCUUUGGAGAUAUCUACCUGGGUGCCAACAUCGCCUCUGGUGAAGAAGUUGCCAUCAAGCUGGAGUGUGUGAAGACGAAGCACCCGCAGCUGCACAUCGAGAGCAAGUUCUACAAGAUGAUGCAGGGCGGAGUGGGGAUCCCAUCUAUCAAGUGGUGCGGGGCCGAGGGCGACUACAACGUGAUGGUUAUGGAGCUGCUGGGGCCCAGCCUCGAGGACCUCUUCAACUUCUGUUCCCGCAAGUUCAGCCUCAAGACGGUGCUGCUCCUGGCCGACCAGAUGAUCAGCCGCAUCGAGUACAUCCACUCCAAGAACUUCAUCCACCGGGACGUCAAGCCCGACAACUUCCUCAUGGGGCUGGGGAAGAAGGGCAACCUGGUAUACAUCAUCGAUUUUGGCCUAGCCAAGAAGUACCGGGAUGCCCGCACGCACCAGCACAUCCCCUACCGGGAAAACAAGAACCUGACCGGCACUGCCCGCUAUGCCUCCAUCAACACCCACCUGGGCAUUGAGCAAAGCCGUCGAGAUGACCUGGAGAGUCUGGGCUACGUGCUCAUGUACUUCAACCUGGGCUCCCUGCCCUGGCAGGGCCUCAAAGCAGCCACCAAGCGCCAGAAGUAUGAACGGAUCAGUGAGAAGAAGAUGUCGACGCCCAUCGAGGUCCUCUGCAAAGGCUACCCCUCCGAGUUCUCAACAUACCUCAACUUCUGCCGCUCCCUGCGGUUUGACGACAAGCCCGACUACUCUUACCUGCGCCAGCUCUUCCGCAACCUCUUCCACCGGCAGGGCUUCUCCUAUGACUACGUCUUCGACUGGAACAUGCUCAAAUUCGUGCCCGGCCCCCCUGGGCACCCAGGGCUCCCCAGAUGGGCCCAUGGAGGAGGUGGAGGAGGUGGAGGAGCUUCCCCCCCAAAACUACUGGCCUGUGGUCUGGACUCCGGGGCCCCAGUUCUGAUGUCGCCAGGUGUGCCUGAGCCCAUCGGGGCCAGGACUGAGGAAGUGUCCCUUGGGAUGGUUGGGGUGACCCCCUAUUCCCUAGAGAUGGCAAUGCAGUGGAGAGAGCAUGGUGGAAAAGGCCCUGCAUCAGGAUUCUUGGGAAUGAACCAGCUGCCUGAGGGCCAGGACAGAGUCCAAAGGAGGGAUGAUGGCCACUGCCUGGGAGGGGCCUGGUGGAAACAGCACCAGGAGCAGGCUCAAGGCCAGACCCUGUCGGCAUUCUCUGUAUUGAACCUGAACUCAUUAAACGCCUCCCCAUGCUUCAUCCUGGUGUGCCUGUCCUUUCGUGGCAGGUUCUCGGCCUGCUCUGCCAGAGGCUGGGGCCUUGUUCUCCUGGACGCCAAGGUUGGCACAUUGGUCCUGGGUUUCUCUUUUCCCUGGGUACCAGACAGUGGCCUGGUCCUUUUCCCUAAGGAGUAGGACAGAGGUCAGGCAGAGAAGGGGGGUUUCACAGGCCGGGGACCUCAGGGAGAGGCCUCGGUUGCCCUCUCUCCAGGGCUGUGGGUGAGAGAUAUGCGCAGUGGGGUGCCUUCUCUUUCACCCCAGACCUUCCAGAUGGGAGUAUGGCUAAGGCCAGGGAGUGUGGGCCAGCUCUUCUCACUGUAAGGCAUUGCUCAUGGCGUUGGGCACUGGGUACUUGCUCAUCUCUAUGGAAAGUCAGACCUGAGUCUGCUCCUGUAAUAGGCUGGGCCCUUGCGACCAGCACAGCUCCAAGAACAGGUUGUGCCUACUCCAGACCUGUGCCAUUCAAUAUAGUAGCCACUGGCUGCCUGUGGCUAAUUUUUAAUUAAUUAAAAUUAAAAUUGAAGCUGUAGUUCUUCAGUUACAUUCACCACAUUUCAAGGUCUCAGAAGCCACAGGUGGCUGGCUAGUGGCUGCCACAUCCAGCAAGUCAGAUGUGAAAGUUUCCAUAAUCCCAGAAAGUUCUGUGUACAGAGCUGCUCUAGACACCUCCUCUACAGAGAGAGCCUCUCUUGGGACUGUUUAGCUGGCAAGAUCUCUUCUCAAACCAGGCCAGCAGCACCCUCCCCUAGCUGUGCUCUGACCCUCUUCAUGGAGUCCCCUUUGAGGCAAGCCCUGGAGUCAGAAGUUGGGCAGAGGUGCCGACAGUGAUCUCUGACCUGUCACCAUGGUGGUGAUCUUGACCACUUCAGCAGCCCCUGGCAGAAGCAUCCACAGAACACGCAAUGGGGACCUUUUCACCCUGAGGCUGGGCCUCUCCCACACCACCCUCCCUGCAGGAAGCCUCACAAGCUCCUACCAGCAGACAGGACACAGUGUGGGCACCAUGACUCUUUCAUGGGAAGGAUCUGCCCUUGCCUUUGGAGUGGCUCCCCAUCCACUGGGGCUGGAAUCCUUGGAAACCUGGAGCCUGGGACACCCUUCUCAGCACACACAGCCACUGGAUUCCAAGUUCCAACCAGCUGGCCAAGAGGAUAUUCAACACAGCCAAGGACAGAGGUCCAUGCAACAGGGGAUGCUUGUGUGACUUUGACACUGAACUUUUGUGUUUUCUUGCGUCAAUAAAGGCCAAGAAAGCUC